AUGAGCAGGGAGCCGGCGGGCCUGCUGGGGAGACGGUGUCAUCCAAGCCUUUGUGCCCUGGAACACCUGGAGUCAGAGCCGGCCAGCAAGGACACAGCCCCGCCGCGCCCCCACUUCCAGUCCGUGCUGGCUGCCCCGGACCUGCCUCUGCCUGCCAGGGACUUGGAGGGUGGCUCCCACGCUGCUGGCCCUGCCAUUGUGACCCUCAGCUCGGGGCCACCUCCACCCCCUCUCUGGAACGCGCUGGCCCAGCCCCACGGGGAGCCCAGCUCAACACCCGGCCCGGCUCCUGGCUGGCCGGCGUGCUCUGCACCAGUCCAGCAGGCCCCGGUGGGCAUUUCCUGCCUCUACCCUUGCCCGGAGGACGCCCGGCCCGAGGAGAGCGCCUUCCCUCACCCACUGGGUGGAGGCCAGCGGGGGCUACGGCUCCCUCCCCUCACUCCUGCCGCUCUGGGUCCUGGGGCCCUGAGAGGCAGCCUCAAGGCUCCACACUGGCCGCUGCAGCCGCCCCCGGGCCGAGCCUGUGGCCGGUGGGGCCGCGGCCCCCCAGGGUCCGACUUCCGGCCGGCGCCCGCGGCCCCCACCCUGCGGGCGGGAGGAGGCGGGGAGGUGGCGGCGCCCGCCGGCGCCGCUGGGCCGCCGGGACGCGGAGCGCCGGGGCAGACAGCGAGCCGCGGCCGGCGGAAGGACGCGCGGACCGCUGCGCAGGGGUUGGUCCGCCUGCCAAGGAGUCGCCAGCAGGCCCAGGGCCCCGGCCAGUGCCCAGCCUCGCUGGGAGCCCCGGCCAGCACCACGGACGGCGCCCAGGAAGCCCGAGUCCCCCUGGACGGGGCCUUCUGGAUUCCAAGGCCCCCAGCAGGCUCACCCAAGGGUUGCUUUGCCUGCGUGUCCAAGCCCCCGGCCCUGCAGGCUCCGGCGGCCCCGGCCCCCGAGCCCUCAGCGUCGCCCCCCAUGGCGCCCACCCUGUUCCCCAUGGAGUCGAAGAGCAGCAAGGCGGACAGCGUGCGGGCCUCGGGCGCCCCCCAGGCCUGCAAGCACCUUGCCGAGAAGAAGACCACGACGAACCCCACCACGGUCAUCGAAGUCUACCCGGACACCACCGAGGUCAACGAUUACUACCUGUGGUCCAUCUUCAACUUCGUCUACCUCAACUUCUGCUGCCUGGGCUUCAUCGCGCUGGCCUACUCCCUCAAAGUCCGGGACAAGAAGCUUCUCAAUGACCUGAAUGGAGCAGUGGAAGACGCCAAGACGGCCCGACUGUUCAACAUCACCAGCUCUGCCCUGGCGGCGUCCUGCAUCAUCCUAGUCCUCAUCUUCCUGCGGUACCCGCUCUCCGACUACUAGGGCCCCGCCGGCCGUGGAGACAAAGCACUGAGACAUGUUCGUUGUCACGCCUGCCGUGACACAGGAUGCUGUGUGGUUGGGGCAGUUCAGGGCACGUGCCCUGGAGCCCCCCUAAAGCUGUGACCUGGGCAGCGAGGCCAUCAGAAGCUCUGCGCACUACGGGGGCGGGAGCUCGGGGCCAGCCCACCCUCUCUGCCUCCUGACCCUCUGCCUCUGCCCGUGUCUGGGGUCUGUGCGGCUGCACCCUGGCUUCCACUGGCUGCCCUCCCUGGCCUCCUGUGCCCCCCCAAGUCUCCUGGGGCCCCUCUGACCUGACACCUAGCAAGAAGGGCUUCUGUGGGAGCUUCCCAGUUUGGGGGGUGCUGCCAGCCUCUGGGGACUCACUCUGUCUUCCCUGACCCCACCCCUCCGAGCUGUGACCCCGCUCGAGCUCUGUGUCUGUGAACUGUCAAUAAAGUCCCUGUCGGCCCCA